CAGAUCUGUUCCCAAGUUAAAAUAUAAUCAUCAUCACAUCAAAAUCAUCGGAGACCCAACACCAAACAUCCUCUCCAAAUUUAGGGGUUUGUUUGUGUACUGGACAAUGGAAGAGAUCCCUGAAGGAACAGUUCAGAAUGUACUGGAACAAGAAAGUUUGAAGUGGGUCUUUGUUGGCGGCAAAGGCGGUGUUGGCAAGACUACUUGCAGCUCCAUUCUUUCCAUCCUUCUGGCCUCUGUCAGAUCCUCUGUUCUUAUCAUCUCAACCGAUCCUGCUCACAAUCUCAGCGAUGCUUUUCAACAGCGCUUCACCAAAUCCCCUACCCUCGUUAAUGGCUUCACCAAUUUGUAUGCAAUGGAGGUGGACCCCACAGUGGAGAACGAAGAUAUGGGCAGUUCAGAUGGAAUGGAUGGUUUCUUAUCAGAUUUAGCAAAUUCAAUUCCUGGAAUCGAUGAGGCUAUGAGCUUUGCUGAGAUGCUAAAGUUGGUGCAAACCAUGGAUUAUUCAGUUAUAGUUUUUGAUACUGCUCCCACUGGCCAUACACUUCGGUUGCUACAGUUUCCUUCAACCUUAGAAAAAGGUCUUGACAAAAUGAUGAGCUUAAAGAGUAAAUUUGGUGGCUUGAUUGGUCAGAUGACUCGUAUGUUUGGGGUUGGAGAAGAGUUUGGCGAGGAUGCAAUUCUUGGAAAGCUGGAGGGCAUGAAAGACGUUAUUGAACAAGUGAACAGGCAGUUCAAAGAUCCGGAUUUGACAACUUUUGUAUGCGUGUGCAUUCCCGAAUUUCUCUCGUUAUAUGAGACAGAGAGACUGGUGCAAGAACUCACUAAGUUUGAGAUUGAUUCACAUAAUAUCAUCAUCAAUCAGGUGCUUUUUGAUGAAGAAGGUGUUGAAUCGAAGUUGCUCAAAGCUCGAAUGAAAAUGCAACAAAAAUAUCUGGAUCAGUUCUACAUGUUGUAUGAUGAUUUCAAUAUUACAAAGUUGCCAUUGCUGCCACAAGAGGUUUGUGGAGUUGAAGCAUUAAAAGCCUUUUCAAAACAUUUCUUGAAACCGUAUCAACCUUUGCUUACUCGAGGUACAAUAGAAGAGCUAGAAGUAAGAGUUUCAAGACUCCAAGAACAACUUAAAGAAGCUGAAUCUGAACUAGAAAGGGCAAGAAAAGGGAAACAACCUAUCAACAACUAAAAACUUAUGUUAUGAGAAUCAAGAGUUUUAUACGUCAAUAUGCUUAAUCUUUGUAUAAUUUGUGUUUGUUGUUAGAUCCAUUCAAUGUCAUUGUUUUUGUAUUGGAUUAGAUUAUACAGUCAUCAAAGUUUUUAGCACAAUGGAAGUUGUUACUAGACAAUCAAAUGUGAACUGAUUAUUUAUGUUUGA